ACUCAUGAUGCCCCUGCUAUUAUUCCUGUGCCCUCCUGGAUGAACAAAUAGCUCCGUGCCGGGACCAGACAAGGCUCAGAUGCCAACCAGCUCCUGCUAAUGUUCUUAAGACGGAGCCAUUGUUGUUUUUCACUCUUCAUCAUCACCUGCCACACUUCACCGAAACUUGAGGAAUUCUGAUCGUCUCUGAAAAGGACCGGUAUCUGACCAGAACCCACCUUCCAGGCAGCAGACAGGUCUACGUUUGGACCCGCAACAGGGAUGGGGGACUGGAGUCUCCUGGGGAAUUUCCUAGAGGAAGUCCAGGAACACUCAACCUCGGUGGGGAAGGUCUGGCUCACCAUCCUCUUCAUCUUUCGCAUCCUGGUGUUGGGAACGGCGGCGGAGUCUUCCUGGGGGGAUGAGCAGAGCGACUUCCUCUGCGACACGCAGCAACCCGGCUGCACCAACGUGUGCUACGACAGCGCCUUCCCCAUCGCCCACAUCCGCUACUGGGUGCUGCAGAUCGUGUUCGUCUCCACGCCGUCCCUCAUCUACGUGGGACAUGCCCUGCACACGGUCCGCAGGGAGGAGAAGCAGAGGAGGAAGGAGCAGGAGGAGAGGGAGGCUAAAGGAGAGGGUGGGAGAGACUCUCAGGAGGAGAAGGAGUACUACCAGCAGAAGGAGAGCGGAAAGGAGCUCACCUCUGAUCGGAUGGGUCGGGUUCGUCUAAAGGGAGCGCUGCUCCAGACUUACAUGCUGAGCAUCCUGCUCCGGACAGUGAUGGAGGUGACCUUCACUGUAGUUCAGUACCUCAUGUACGGGGUGUUCCUCAAGGCGCUGUAUCUCUGCAAGACCUGGCCCUGCCCCAAUCCCGUCAAUUGCUACAUGUCCCGGCCCACAGAGAAGAACGUCUUCAUCGUCUUCAUGCUGGUGGUGGCCGGAGUGUCUCUCCUGCUCUCUGUGUUGGAGCUCUACCACCUGGGCUGGAGGAGCAUGAAGGGGUGUGUGCGCAGGACCAACCGCAGAGCUGUGACCGUGGCCGUGUCGGCACCCAUGGAGUCUGCGCCCUGCACUCCGCCUCCAGACUUCGCCCAGUGCCGGUCCGCCUCAGGCUCCAUGAACCCCAUGCCGUCCAUGCUCUCUCCUCCCUUUAACACCAGGGUGGCGCUGCAGCAGAACUCGGUCAACCUGGCCACCGAGCAGAACCACGGCUGUGACAACCAGCAGGACAGAAUGGACUUUUUGAGGAUAAGAUACGAGCAGGGAGAGGCAGAGCUGCCCAACAGAUGCUCGCCGGUGUCUCUGCUGCAGGCGGGCUACGUGAAGGACAAGCGGCGCCUGAGCAGGAGCAGCAGAACCAGCAGUCGGGCUCGCCAGGAUGACCUGGCCGUAUAGAUUCAGUGGUUAGCAGCUUUGUGGACUCGACUUUUAAAGACACAGAACAAGGAGAGGGAAGACUGAAGCUGACUAAUGCUGCACAGACUGAGACUGACCAAGUGAUGCUUUCCACUGAAGAAUAAAGCAAGUCUGAGUCGGUAUUCUACUGCCAGCUAACAAAAAGCCAGCAUUUGACUGAUAAUCGUGGCACAGACAGGUCAGACUUUUCCAACAGAGAAGCUUUAAGGUCUGCUUUGUCCUCAUCCAUAGCUGUGUAGGCCUUUCUUAAGAGUUUACUGGCUCUCAAUGGCUCUCAAUGGUUCUCAAUGUUCUUGUCCACUUGAAAAGACAGAAUUUUGGGGCUCAGAGUGAAAUCUUCCGUCUGGCUAAACCUCUUGUCAUUGUCUGAAGACUGGGGUAAUGGCUGGACCUUUUGGGGUAGCUUUUGAGGCUGGGGUAGGUAGCAGUCUUUUGACACUGCCAGCACUCAUUUGGCUUGGAGUGAUCAUCCCCGCUUGCUGGGACAUUGUCGGUGCGUCCCGUUUAGGGUUGAUGGGACAUCCUCAGAUGUUUCUGCAGACCUCCAUCCUCUCUUGGCUCCUGUGCCUUUAGAAAGUUUUAUCAUGGUCUGAAGCUCCCCACCUGCCCCACCUUAUGAGACGAGUGUGGGGCUUUGGGCGUCCCACUCCCUCCAGCGAUGAAGACGACGAGUUGAGUGGAUUCUGAGGUUACACCCUGGACAAAAGCAGUAGCAGUUCCACCAAUUUCUUCCUGGAACAAAGUCCGCUUCUUCGCUUUCCAGGCCCACAGCUGGCCAUUUUACCCCACUUCUGACACCAUAUGUGACAAUCAUGCAGUCUAUUCAGCGGUAUUUGUGACCAUUGUUCUGGCGAAGUCAAGUACGGUACAUGAGGGUUUUUCCUGCUUCACAAGCUCCACCUGAUCCGCACCAACUAGUUGUCUCUGCAGCCCCAGAAGAAGGCGGAGGGCUGGUCUACGUUCAACUGCCCUUUGCCCCCAAAACGAGCAGAAAUGCAUCACAUGGUGUGUUAAUAGCUUAAAUGAUCAUGUAAAGGAGCAGUGAGACAUGUAAAAGGAACUUUUUGAAGUUUAUGUGUGACCGCUCUUAGAGGCUUUUAGUUUUAAAAAGGCAAACCUGCAAAAAAAUGAAUAAAUAAAUAAAACAGAAUAAGGACAACAGGGUAAGACGUCGAACUAUUGCACAUUUUAUACUGAAAAUAAGGAAAAGGGUGAUUGUGUAAGACUUUUUUUCAAACCUCCAAAACCACAGAAUGUGUGAUAAGCUCAAAAAUGAAACUGCUAUGUCAAACUGUGAUGAAUUCUUCCUAUUUGCGGUCAACGGUGCCUUAUCAAAUGCUAAAAAGAAUUUAUUGCUCAUUGACAUUAAUGUCUUUGGUUACUUCUUAUUUUAAUCCGACUGCACUAUACUUGAAAGUCCUAAAAUGCAACUUGAAAAUAAAAACAUGCAGUGUAUUAAAAUGCAUUUAUCACUCAUGAGGAAACAUCAUCUGUUUUUGUUUUUGAAGCAGUCAAAGGAAAACGGCUUGGGUCCUGCUGGGGGAAAAGAUAAUGCGCUAUUUCUCCACUAGAUGGCGGUAAUGUCUUCACAUUCGCUCAACCUCUGAGAUUGUGUAAAUAUAUUCAGCUUGUGUUUGUGUUUCGUGUGCAGUUCCUAACAUUUGCAGAUUCAUUGCAAAAUGAAAAGAGCACAAGUGAAGCUUUAAAGUGUCACAAACAGAGCAGUUUUUUGGUUCUUUUGCUCAUCCAUUUACAUGCAAUAAAUGUCAAUAAUCCACAGCAAAACAAUAAACCAUCU